ACCCUAGAAUCAAUUUCUGCAAAAUUCCCGAGUUGAAACGGCCGAGCUGUGAGUUUCUAUGAGCCAGAAUCGGAACGCAAGAAAUAAUGUUGUUGCAGUUGACAUUAAUCACGUGCUUCCUUAAUCCCACCGGCAUGGCUUGUGUUGGUUCUCUGUUGGUUUUUAGUCUUGUUCUGAUGUUGAAUUCUGGCGAAUUCGUCUUUUACACCGAUGAAAUUACUCGCCGCCGCAGCUGGCCCCAAAUCCUCCGCGCGGUGCUUUUCUUCCGCCGCAGUUAACAGUGGCCGCGGCGGCGAUUCUGGAAUUCCAUCAAUUCCGCCUCCUGUACGGCUGCGAUUGCGUCGAUUAAGGUCAUCUGUUGAUAAUGUGAAGCUCUCCAUCUCUAAUCAUGGUUUCUACGGCAGAAGGACGAUUAUUACUAGGUUUCAGCCUACUGUUCGAUCAGCUUUAGCUGAAAUUUCUUCGCCCAAUGGCCCUCCGUCGUCAAAUUCAUAUGCUGAUAAAAAGCUUGCAGUGGUUGCUUGGUCCGCCAUAACUCUGGCACUAGCGGUUUCGAACCGUGUGCUUCAGAAACUUGCUCUUAUCCCCAUGAAGAACCACCCCUUCUUUCUGGCUCAACUCAACAGUUUUGUGUAUGUGGCGGUUUUCUUUUCUGUGCUGCGUGUGAGAUAUCGUGCUGGCAAAACGACCGACGAGAUGUUGGACCUUCCCAAAUCACCGUUUAUCGCGAUUGGUUUUCUUGAAUCUGUUUCGAUUGUUUCUGCGAUGUAUGCUGGAGCGGUGCUCCCAGGACCAGCUAUACCCUUAUUAUACCAGACAUUCCUGGUUUGGCAGCUGGUCUUUUCCAGCAUCAUAUUGAAGAGAAGGUACUCUCUCAACCAAAUUCUAGGAUGCUUUCUCGUGGCAGCAGGUGUCGUGGUGGCAGUUACGAGUGGAGCAAAUAGUGGUGGAAUGUUCUCUGGAGUUGGAGUUUUGUGGCCAAUGCUCAUGAUAGCUUCAAGUGCUUUCCAAGCGGGUGCAUCUAUAGUUAAGGAGUCUGUAUUCGUUGAUGCUGCAACCCGUCUUAAGGGAAAAUCAUUGGACAUCUUCGUCGUCACCUCUUUUGGAUCCGGGUUUCAGGCUCUUUUUAUAUUCCUUUUACUGCCCGUUAUGGCAAACAUGAAAGGAAUGCUUUUAUCUGACCUGCCCUCGUACUUUACAAGUGGUGCUGCUUGCUUCUUGAACAUAGGAACCUCUACAACAAUUGGAUGUGAUGGAGCGCCUCUGCUACCUCUCCUUUACUUAAUUUCCAACAUCCUUUUCAACAUAUCUGUUCUCAAUCUUCUAAAAGUUUCCAAUGCCAUCGUCGCCUCUCUUGCUGCGAGGGCUGCAGUGCCAAUUUCAAUUUAUGUUCUUUCACUUCCAUUGCCAUAUCUACCAAAAGGUGUAAGCUUGAGCCCAUUUUUCCAUUUGGGAUCUGCGAUUCUCGUUGUGGGGCUCAUCCUGUACAACACACCCUGGCCUCGGAAUCCUGAGUCUGCUAUUUCUCCAAAGUCGGAACCUCUCCCGAAUCAAGACGACCGCGGGCAAAACUAUCUGGCGGCGUAUCACAAAAGUGUUUCAAGCUGAUUUGUGAACUCAAUAGCACAUCAUAAAGUAAUUGAAUAAAAUUAGAACAAUCUAUAACCACAUUAUCACAAGACAAUGAAUUUUAUUAUAAUUUUAUUUGACUUAAAAAAA